AUGGGGAAGGAAGCUGUUGCUCGAUUUGAGGAUCCGGGAGCGGAAGAAAACGACGUCAUCUGGAAGAAUCUGAAAAAAACUAACGAUCUUGUAAGUACUUGGCUCCUUCACAAAACCGUCAGAAUUUUCUCGGACAUCAUGCUCGUGCUCCUCAUCGGUGAUCUCCACAUCCCUCAUCGUACCUAUGCCAUCCCUCCAAAAUUCCGCAAACUCCUCGUCCCCAACAAAAUGCAGCACGUCAUCUCGACCGGGAAUUUGUGCACCCGCGAGUUGUACGAGUAUUUGAGAUCCCUCGCCUCCGAUGUACAUGUGGUUCGCGGUGAUUUCGACACGGACACAAAGUUGCCGGAAACCAAGGUAGUUACGGUGGGCAAAUUCCGAAUUGGAGUCUGUCAUGGACAUCAAAUUGUGCCCUGGAAUGAUGAGAAGAUCCUCGACCUCCUCGCCCGUCAGCUAGACGUUGAUGUCCUUGUCACUGGCCAUAGUCAUGUGUGCUCGGCUCGCGAACGUGGCCACCGACUUUAUAUCGACCCCGGAAGUGCCACUGGAGCGUUUUCAAUGAUUAACGACGGACCCGUCUACCCUUCCUUCGUCUUGCUAGACGUCCAGCCCGAGCAGAUUGUUUGCUAUUUAUACCGUUUGAUCGAAGAACAGGUGAAAGUCGAUCGAAUAAUCUUCAAAAAGAGCAAGGAGCUGGCC